CCCUGGGCACAGGCAGGGGACCUAGCACCGCGGGAUGGCGGUGGCUCUGGACAGGGCACCGCAAUCCUUACCGCUGCUGCUCACUCUAUUGCUGCUGCUGCUGCUGAGGAUGUCGCCCAGCUGGAGCGUGGUGGCUCAGGACCAUCCCGCAUCCUCGCGCAGCCUGCACCCGCCCUACUUCAACCUGGCCCAGGCUGCGAGAAUCUGGGCCACAGCCACCUGCGGGGAGCGGGACCCGGAGGUCUCAAGGCCCCGGCCUGAGCUUUUCUGCAAAUUGGUGGGCGGCCCCACUGUACAGGGCAGCGGCCACACCAUCCAGGGCCAGUUCUGUGACUACUGCAAUUCUGAGGAUUCCAGGAAGGCACAUCCGGCCAUCCAUGCGAUUGAUGGAUCAGAACGGUGGUGGCAAAGCCCGCCUCUCUCCUCUGGCACACAGUACAAUGAAGUCAACCUCACCUUGGAUCUGGGGCAGCUCUUCCAUGUGGCUUAUAUCUUAAUCAAAUUUGCAAACUCUCCCCGCCCCGAUCUUUGGGUCCUGGAAAGAUCUGUAGACUCUGGAAGCACCUACUCACCAUGGCAGUAUUUUGCUCAUUCUGCAAGAGAUUGUGUAGAACAGUUUGGGCAAGAAGCAAACAUGGCCAUUACCCAGGACGAUCAGACACUCUGUGUCACGGAGUAUUCCCGUAUCGUGCCUCUGGAAAAUGGCGAGAUUGUUGUAUCCUUGAUAAAUGGUCGUCCAGGUGCAAAAAAUUUUGCUUUCUCUGACACUCUGAGGGAGUUUACUAAGGCAACCAACAUCCGCUUGCGGUUUCUGAGAACCAACACCCUCCUCGGGCACCUCAUUUCCAAGGCAGAGCGAGACCCCACUGUCACACGCCGGUAUUAUUACAGCAUAAAGGACAUCAGUAUUGGUGGGCGGUGUGUUUGCAACGGCCAUGCGGAGGUGUGCAGCGCUGAUAACCCUGCAAAGCAGUUCCGAUGCGAAUGCCAGCACCAUACCUGUGGAGACACAUGUAAUCGCUGCUGUGCAGGUUACAAUCAGAGGCGCUGGAGGCCUGCUGUUCAGGAGCAGCACAAUGAAUGUGAAGCCUGCAACUGCCACGGGCAUGCUGUGGAUUGUUACUAUGACCCAGAUGUGGAGCACCAGCAGGCAAGCUUGAACAGCAAAGGCGUCUACGCAGGUGGAGGGGUCUGCAUCAACUGUCAGCACAACACUGCGGGUGUGAACUGUGAAAAGUGUGCGAAGGGUUACUUCCGGCCCCAUGGAGUUCCGGUGGACGCACUGCACGGAUGCAUCCCUUGCAACUGUGACCCUGAACGUGCAGAUGAUUGUGACCAGGGCUCAGGCCGCUGUCAUUGUAAGCCAAAUUUCUCUGGAGACUACUGUGAGAUGUGUGCAGAUGGGUACUAUAAUUUCCCAUUUUGCUUGAGAAUUCCAGUCUUUCCCAACUACACUCCAAGCCCAGAAGACCCGGUGGCUGGCAAUAUAAAAGGGUGUGACUGUAAUUUGGAAGGUGUUCUCCCAGAGAUAUGUGACGAUCGUGGCAGGUGCCUGUGCCGCCCUGGGGUUGAGGGUCCCCAGUGUGACUCCUGCCGCUCGGGCUCCUAUUCAUUUCCCAUAUGCCAAGCUUGCCAGUGUUCGACGAUUGGAUCCUAUCCAGUGCCCUGUGACCCAGGGACUGGCCAGUGUGAAUGCCUGCCUGGAAUAACGGGGAGGCAGUGUGACAGGUGUCUCUCAGGAGCCUAUGACUUUCCCUACUGCCAAGGGUCCAGCAGUGUUUGCCAUCCAGCUGGGACCCUUGACUCCAGCUUGGGUUAUUGUCAGUGCAAGCAGCAUGUUACAAGUCCUACAUGUAGUGUCUGCAAACCAUUAUAUUGGAAUCUGGCCAAAGGAAACCCCCGCGGAUGCUCAGAGUGCCAGUGCCAUGAGGCAGGGACAUUGAGUGGAAUUGGAGAGUGUGGGCAGGAGGACGGUGACUGUAGCUGCAAAGCCCAUGUCACUGGUGACGCCUGCGACACCUGUGAAGAUGGGUUUUUCUCUUUGGAGAAGAGCAAUUACUUUGGCUGUCAAGGGUGUCAGUGUGACAUUGGUGGAGCACUCAGCACCAUGUGUAGUGGGCCCUCGGGAGUAUGCCAGUGCAGGGAGCACGUGGAGGGGAAGCAGUGCCAGAGGCCUGAAAAUAACUACUACUUCCCGGAUUUGCACCACAUGAAGUAUGAGGUCGAAGAUGGCACUGGACCUAAUGGAAGAGACCUGCGGUUUGGAUUUGAUCCCCUGGCAUUCCCUGAGUUUAGCUGGAGAGGAUAUGCCCCGAUGACCGCCGUACAGAAUGAAGUAAGGGUGAGAUUGUCUGUGAGGCAGUCAAGCCUCUCCUUGUUCCGCAUCGUUCUGAGAUACAUCAAUCCUGGAACAGAAGACGUUUCUGGCCGGAUCACUCUCUCCUCAUCGCGGGGGGAGUUGGAUGCUUCGCAAAGCAGAAAAAUCAUCUUUCCCCCAAGUAAAAAGCCGGCCUUUGUCACAGUCCCUGGAAAUGGCUUUGCAGGCCCAUUCUCCAUCACACCUGGGGCGUGGAUUGCUUGUAUCCAGGUGGAAGGAGUCCUUCUGGAUUACCUUGUGCUGCUUCCCAGGGACUACUAUGAAGCAUUCACCCUGCAAGUGCCAGUCACAGAGCCAUGUGCCCACACAGGAUCUCCCCAGGACAACUGUUUGCUUUACCAGCAUUUACCACUGAGUGCAUUCUCCUGUACCCUGGCUUGUGAGGCCAGACACUUCCUGCUGGAUGGAGAGCUGAGACCCUUGGCAAUGAGGCAGCCCACACCCACACACCCGGCCAUGGUGGACCUCAGCGGGAGAGAGGUAGAAUUGCAGCUACGUCUGCGGGUCCCACAGAUUGGCCACUAUGUGGUCAUGCUGGAGUAUGCCACGGAAGGGGACCAGCUUUUUGUGGUGGACGUGAAUCUGAAGAGCUCGGGGUCUGCCUUGGCAGGCCAGGUGAACAUAUACAGCUGCAAGUACAGCAUCCCGUGCAGGAGCGUGGUGAUUGACAGCCUGAGUCGCACGGCUGUAUACGAGCUGCUGGCAGAUGCAGACAUUCAGCUCAAGGCACACAUGGCCCAUUUCCUUCUGUAUCACAUUUGUAUUAUACCUGCGGAAGAAUUCUCAGUUGAAUAUUUGAGACCUCAAGUCCACUGCAUUGCCAGCUAUGGGCAGCAUGCUAAUCCAAGAUCUGUCACUGGCCCAGUCACCAACCCCAUCAGAGACCUGAGAAGGAUGAACUCCACCAGAAGUCAAGUGACCCUGAGAGGACUCAUACCACACCUGGGCCGACAUGUCGCUGUCAUCCAUUUUUAUCAAGCAGAGCACCCGGGGUUUCCCACUGAAGUGAUUGUAGAUGGAGGAAGACAGUGGUCAGGUUCCUUCCUUGCCUCCUUCUGUCCCCACUUACUUGGCUGCCGCGACCAAGUGGUCUCUGAUGGCCAGGUGGAGUUUGACAUCUCUGAAGCAGAGGUAGCUGUGACAGUGAAGAUUCCAGAUGGAAAGUCCUUAACAUUGGUCCGGGUUCUAGUGGUACCUGCAGAGAAUUACGACUACCAAAUUCUUCACAAAACAACAGUGGACAAGUCCUCCGAGUUCAUCAGCAGUUGUGGAGGAGACAGUUUUUAUAUUGAUCCCCAGGCAGCCUCUGGAUUCUGUAAGAAUUCUGCAAAGUCCCUGGUAGCCUUUUACCAUAACGGUGCCAUACCCUGUGAGUGCCACUCUGCUGGGACUGCCGGCCACCACUGUAGUCCUGAGGGUGGGCAGUGCCCUUGCCUGCCCAAUGUCAUCGGGAGGCAGUGCACCCGCUGUGCAACAGGCCACUAUGGAUUCCCACACUGCAAGCCUUGUAAUUGUGGCAGACGCCUUUGUGAGGAGGUGACAGGGAAGUGCCUCUGCCCACCCCACACAGUCAGGCCUCAAUGUGAGGUCUGUGAGAUGAAUUCCUUCAACUUCCACCCCGUGGCUGGCUGUGACAUCUGCAACUGCUCCAGGAAGGGCACCGUCGAGGCGGCCGUCUCUGAGUGUGACGGGGACAGUGGGCAGUGCAGGUGCAAGCCUAGAGUCACAGGGCAGCGGUGUGACAAGUGUGCUCCUGGCUUCUACCAGUUCCCUGAGUGUGUCCCUUGCAGCUGUAACAGAGAUGGGACUGAGCCCAGCGUAUGUGACCCAGAGACUGGGGCUUGCGUGUGUAAGGAAAAUGUGGAGGGCCCCCAAUGUCAACUGUGUCGAGAAGGAUCCUUCUACCUGGACCCAGCAAACCCAAAGGGCUGUACCAGGUGCUUCUGUUUUGGAGCGAAUACUGACUGUCAGAGCUCACAUAAGCGAAGAGUGAAGUUUGUAGACAUGAUGGGCUGGCGUCUGGAGACAGCAGAUGGAGUCGAUGUCCCUGUGUCCUUCAACCCCGGCAGCAACAGCAUGGUUGCAGAUCUGCAGGAGCUGCCACCCUCAGUUCACAGCGCAUCCUGGGUAGCACCUCUGUCCUACCUAGGUGAUAAGGUGUCAUCAUACGGCGGCUACCUCACCUACCAAGCCAAGUCCUUUGGCUUACCUGGAGACAUGGUUCUUCUGGAAACGCAGCCAGAUGUGCAGCUCACCGGUCAACACAUGUCCCUCAUCCAUAAGGGACACAGCGACCCACGGCCAGACAGGCUGCAUCACGGAAGAGUGCAAGUGACUGAGGGAAACUUCAGACACGAAGGCAACAGUGCCCCAGUGUCCCGGGAGGAGCUGAUGACUGUGCUGUCCAGACUGGAAAGACUCCACAUCCGGGGCCUCUACUUCACCGAGACACAGCGGCUCACCUUGGGUGAGGUAGGGCUGGAGGAGGCCUCUGACACGGGAAGUGGACCCAGGGCUCUUCUUGUGGAGAUGUGUGCCUGUCCCCCUGACUACACAGGUGACUCAUGCCAGGGUUGUCGCCCUGGAUACUAUCGGGACAACAAAAGCUUACCCGCAGGAAGGUGUGUUCCCUGCAAUUGCAACGGACAUUCAAAUAGAUGCCAGGAUGGCUCUGGCAUAUGCAUUAACUGUCAGCACAACACAGCUGGGGAGCACUGUGAGCGUUGCCAGGAGGGUCACUAUGGAAACGCCAUCCACGGAUCCUGUAGGGUCUGCCCCUGCCCUCAUACCAACAGUUUUGCCACUGGCUGUGCUGUGGAUGGCGGAGUUGUGAGGUGUACCUGCAAACCCGGAUACACAGGAGCACAGUGUGAGAGGUGUGCACCCGGAUAUUUUGGGAACCCCCAGAAAUUUGGAGGUAGCUGCCAGCCAUGCAAUUGUAACAGCAAUGGCCAGUUAGGCCCUUGUGACCCCCUAACUGGAGACUGUGUAAACCAAGAACCCAAAGAUGGCAGCCCUGCAGAAGAAUGUGAUGACUGCGACAGCUGUGUGAUGACGCUCUUAAAUGACUUGGCCUCCAUGGGUGAGGAACUUCGCCUGGUGAAGUCAAAGCUGCAGGGGCUGAGUGUGAGCACGGGUGCUCUGGAACAGAUCCGGCACAUGGAGACACAGGCCAAGGACCUGAGGAACCAGCUGCUUGGCUUCCGUUCUGCCAUCUCAAGUCAUGGGUCCAAAAUGGAUGGCCUGGAAAAAGAACUGAGUCAUUUGAACCGGGAAUUUGAAACUCUGCAAGAAAAGGCGCAGGUCAAUUCCAGAAAAGCACAAACAUUAUAUAACAACAUUGAUCAGACAAUCCAAAGUGCCAAAGAAUUGGACAUGAAGAUUAAAAACAUCGUUCAGAAUGUGCACAUUCUCCUGAAGCAGAUGGCUAGGCCAGGUGGAGAAGGCACGGACUUGCCAGUGGGCGACUGGUCCAGGCAGCUGGCCGAAGCUCAACGCAUGAUGCGAGACCUGCGAAGCCGAGACUUUAAAAAGCACCUCCAAGAAGCGGAGGCCGAGAAAAUGGAAGCCCAGCUCUUACUGCACCGGAUCAGGACCUGGCUGGAAUCCCACCAGGUGGAGAACAACGGACUGCUAAAGAAUAUUCGGGACUCCUUAAAUGAUUAUGAGGCCAAACUUCAGGACCUGCGGUCCAUCCUCCAGGAGGCAGCUGCCCAGGCAAAGCAGGCCACUGGCCUCAACCAUGAAAAUGAGGGGGUCCUAGGAGCCAUCCAGAGACAAAUGAAAGAAAUGGAUUCCCUGAAGAAUGACUUCACCACGUACCUGGCCACAGCAGACUCCUCCCUGCUGCAGACUAACAAUCUACUGCAGCAGAUGGACAAAAGCCAGAAGGAAUAUGAAAGUUUAGCUGCUGCUUUAAAUGGAGCAAGACAGGAGCUGAGUGACAAAGUGCAAGAACUCUCCAGAUCUGGUGGCAAAGCACAGCUGGUGGUGGGGGCAGAGAAGCAUGCACAGUCUUUACAGGAGCUGGCGAAGCAGCUGGAAGAGAUAAAGAGAAACACCAGCGGGGAUGAGCUGGUGCGUUGUGCUGUGGACGCUGCCACAGCCUAUGAGAACAUCCUUAAUGCCAUCAGAGCAGCAGAGGAUGCAGCCAGCAAGGCCACCAGUGCCUCCAAGUCUGCUUUCCAAACAGUGAUAAAGGAAGACCUUCCAAAAAGAGCUAAGACCCUGAGUGCUGACAGCGAGGAACUGUUAAAUGAAGCCAAGAUGACACAGAAAAGGCUACAGCAAGUCAGUCCAGCUCUCGACAGCCUACAGAAAACCCUGAAGACCGUAUCAGUUCAGAAGGACCUCCUAGAUGCCAACCUCACUGCUGCCCGAGAUGAUCUUCAUGGGAUACGGAGAGGUGAUACUGACAGUGUGGUGAGCAGUGCAAGGAGCGCCGUCAGGAAUGCCAACGGAAUAACAAGCAAGGUCCUGGACGGGCUGACCCCCAUCCAGACAGAUUUGGGAAGGAUUAAGGACAGCUAUGAGAGCGCACGACACGAAGACUUCAGCAAGGCUCUGAUCGAUGCCAAUAACUCAGUAAAGAAAUUAACCAAGAAGUUGCCUGAUCUUUUUAUCAAGAUUGACAGUAUCAACCAACAGUUGCUGCCCCUGGGGAACAUCUCUGACAAUGUGGACCGAAUCCGAGAGCUCAUUCAGCAGGCCAGAGAUGCUGCAAACAAGGUUGCAAUUCCCAUGAGGUUCAAUGGUAAAUCUGGUGUCGAAGUCCGACUGCCGAAUGACCUAGAAGAUUUAAAAGGAUACACAUCUUUGUCUUUAUUUCUCCAAAGACCCGACUUACGAGAGAACGGAGGCACUGAAGAUAUGUUUGUCAUGUACCUUGGGAAUAAGGAUGCCUCCAAGGACUACAUUGGCAUGGCGGUUGUAGACGGUCAGCUGACAUGUGUCUACAACCUGGGGGACCGAGAGGCUGAAGUUCAGAUAGAUCAGGUCCUGACGGAGAGUGAGUCUCAGGAGGCAGUUAUGGACCGGGUGAAGUUCCAGAGAAUAUAUCAAUUUGCCAAGCUUAAUUACACCAAAGAAGCCACAUCUACUAAACCCAAAGCCCCUGGGGUCUAUGACAUGGAGAGCGUCAGUAGCAACACACUCCUUAAUUUGGAUCCUGAGAAUGCUGUGUUUUACGUCGGCGGUUAUCCACCUGGUUUUGAACUUCCACGCAGACUGAGGCUCCCUCCGUACAAAGGCUGUAUUGAACUAGAUGACCUCAAUGAAAACGUUCUAAGCUUGUACAAUUUCAAGACAACUUUUAAUCUCAACACCACUGAAGUAGAGCCUUGUAGGAGGAGAAAGGAAGAGUCGGACAAAAAUUACUUUGAAGGUACAGGCUAUGCUCGCAUUCCUACUCAACCAAAUGCUCCCUUCCCAAACUUCAUACAGACCAUCCAAACUACUGUGGACAGAGGUUUACUGUUCUUCGCAGAAAACCAGGAUAACUUCAUAUCUCUGAAUAUAGAAGACGGCAAUCUCAUGGUAAAAUACAAACUAAAUUCAGAGCCACCCAAAGAGAAAGGGAUUCGAGACACCAUCAACAAUGGGAGAGAUCACACGAUUUUAAUCUCAAUUGGAAAAUCUCAAAAGCGCAUGCUGAUAAAUAUGAAUAAACACAGUAUAAUAAUUGAAGGGGAGAUAUUUGAUUUCAGCACAUAUUAUCUGGGAGGAAUUCCAAUUGCAAUCAGAGAAAGGUUUAACAUCUCGACGCCUGCUUUCCAAGGCUGCAUGAAGAAUCUGAAGAAAACCAGUGGGGUUGUCAGGUUGAAUGAUACAGUGGGUGUAACCAAAAAGUGCUCAGAAGACUGGAAGCUUGUGCGAACCGCCUCGUUCUCCAGAGGAGGACAGAUGAGUUUUACAAACUUGGACGUGCCCUCACCUGACCGCUUCCAGCUCUCCUUUGGGUUUCAGACCUUUCAACCCAGCGGAACACUACUAAACCAUCAGACACGGACAAGUAGCCUGCUGGUCACCCUGGAAGAUGGUCACAUUGCGUUGAGCACCAGGGACAGCAGCAGCCUGAUUUUCAAGUCUCCAGGGACCUACAUGGAUGGUUUACUGCAUCACGUAUCUGUAAUAAGCGACACCUCAGGCCUGCGCCUUCUCAUCGAUGACCAGGUUCUGAGAAGGAAUCAGAGGCUCGCCAGCUUCUCUAAUGCCCAGCAGUCUCUCAGCAUGGGAGGCGGCUAUUUCGAGGGUUGUAUCAGCAACGUUUUUGUCCAAAGGUUGUCACAGAGUCCAGAAGUCCUGGAUUUGGCCACCAAGUCUACCAAGAGGGAUGCAUCCCUGGGAGGCUGCAGUUUAAACAAGCCACCUUUUCUUAUGUUGUUUAAAAGUCCCAAGGGAUUUAACAAGGCCCGGAGUUUCAGUGUCAACCAGCUGUUGCAAGAUGCACCUCAAGCUGCAAGGAGCAUAGAGGCUUGGCAAGACGGGAAGUCCUGCCUACCACCUCCGAACACCAAGGCCACUCACAGAGCCCUGCAGUUUGGGGACAGUCCUACCAGCCACUUGCUAUUCAAGCUUCCCCAGGAGCUGCUGAAACCCAGGUUACAGUUCUCUUUGGACAUACAGACAACUUCCUCCAGGGGGCUGGUGUUUCACACAGGCACCAGGGACUCCUUCGCGGCUCUCUAUAUCUCGGAAGGCCAUGUCAUCUUUGCUUUGGGGGCAGGAGGGAAGAAACUGAGGCUCAGGAGCAAGGAGAGAUACCACGACGGGAAGUGGCACACGGUGGUGUUUGGACUGAGUGGAGGAAAGGCGCGCCUGGUGGUGGAUGGGCUAAGGGCCCAGGAAGGCAGUUUGCCGGGAAAUUCUACCGUCAGCCCCAGAGAACAGGUUUACCUGGGGUUGUCACCAUCAAGAAAGUCAAAGAGCCUCCCCCAGCACAGUUUUGUGGGGUGUCUGAGGAACUUCCAGUUGGACUCAAACCCUCUGGAUUCCCCCUCUGCGAGGUCUGGGGUAUCCCCCUGCUUGGGUGGCUCUCUGGAGAAAGGCAUUUAUUUCUCCCAAGGAGGAGGUCACGUGGUCCUAGCCAAUUCCGUGUCCUUGGGGCCAGCACUUACGCUCACUCUCAGCAUUCGCCCACGAAGUCUCACCGGGGUCUUAAUGCACAUCGCGAGUCAAUCUGGACAGCACUUAAGCGUCUACAUGGAGGCAGGGAAGGUCACAACCUCUAUGAACAGUGAGGCAGGUGGGACCGUGACAUCAAUUACACCGAAGCGAUCUCUGUGUGAUGGGCAAUGGCACUCGGUGGCAGUCUCCAUUAAACAGCACGCCCUGCAUCUGGAACUGGAUACAGACAAUAGUUACACAGCUGGACGGCUUUCCUUCCCACCGAACAGCACCCGAGGGUCACUACACAUCGGAGGCGUCCCAGACAACAUGAAAAUGCUUACACUCCCUGUGUGGAACUCAUUUUUUGGCUGUCUGAAGAAUAUUCAAGUAAACCACAUCCCUGUCCCUAUCACAGAAGCCACGGAAGUCCAAGGUUCUGUCAGCCUGAACGGCUGCCCUGACCACUAACUCUACCCAGCAAGAGAAGUCACCUUUGGGAGCACCCCUCCCCCAUUCAAAGCCAACAAGCUGGCAAGCACACAGUGCUGUACGGAGCACUGUCAUUCUGAGUUCCAACCACACCCACCCAUCGCUCUGUCUUUCA